AUGCCGAAGUGGCAAAACAACAUGCAACAACAGCACAGCAAUCCACGGGCUACCCUCCAUUGUCUCCCUCUCGCCCUUGCUAUAAAAGCAGGGUCGGUUCAAGGGGCAGAACUAGGCCAACAGGAAAACGCAGAGUUAGGCUGUCGACAAAUCUUAUUCUACUUUCUUUUACUAAGUUUCUCCUCAUCCUCUCUGUCUCUUCGGAAGCCUAUGGCCGACGAGGAGGCCUAG